AUGUGGCGGCAAGUGCGUGAUAUGGCAGUAGUACUGGUCAUCGUAGUGACAGUGUGUUUGAUGGAGAACAGUGCUGGGGCGACGUGUACGCAUGCGGCCGGCUGUGCCACAAGCACACACCCGGCGCAGGCAGCUUGUAACCGCGGGGCGGGCUGCAUCACUGCCACGGCUGCUGCGGCAUCACAAUGCACGAUGCCGGAUGCACGACCGACGCAGUCGAAACGUCUCCUCCAGUCGGCAAACGUGGAGAAAACGAUCGCCGACCUGGUGCCCAAGUUUAAAUCCGCCGACCUGGCAACGCUGUGGAGCAACUGUCUGCCGAACACCAUCGACACGACGGUGCGCAGGUGGAAGGACUCGUCGUCGCCGGAGACAGCGGAUGCAUUCAUCGUCACCGGUGAUAUCGAGGCGAUGUGGCUGCGCGACAGCACCAACCAGGUACUGCCGUAUCUUGGCAUGGUGAUGAACAGUGAGGCGGCGGACGACGACGACGGUCAGGAUGCCGCUCUGGUUGACCUGCUGGAGGGCGUGAUACGGCGUCAGGCACGCAGCGUUCUGAUCGACCCGUACGCAAACGCCUUCACGUUGCUCCUGACCGACGCCAGUCCGCACGCCGACGACCAGACCUCGUACCCGGGCUUUGCCGGCACACGGCCCAACGGCAUGCAUCGCGGCGUGUUUGAGCGUAAAUACGAACUGGACUCGCUGGCCAAUGUGCUGCUGUUGUCGGCGCGCUACUACGACGCCACGGGCCGGCUGGGCGUGUUCGAUCAGACGUGGCUCGACGCGGUGCAGAGCAUCCUGAACGUGAUGCACACACAGCAGGAGGAGGUGGUGGGACAGGGACAGGCGGAGUACACGUUCCAGCGCGCCGCCUACAACCCGACGGACACGCUCUCGCACGGCGACACCUGGCCGAACCGGGCCACCGGCAUGAUACGCUCAGCGUUUCGGCCGUCCGACGACGCCACCACGUACCCGUACAAUAUACCGUCGAACGCUCUCGCCGUGGUGGCGCUGAGGAAAGUGGCUACGCUGCUCAAGAAGCUCGACGUCCAUGCGCUGGCCGAAGAUUGCCUGGCGCUGGCCAGUGGCGUAGAGAAGGCCGUACACGAACAUGGCGUCAUCAAGCAUCGCAGCGGCGCCUCCGUGUUUGCCUACGAAGUUGACGGCUUCGGCAACUACCUGUUCAUGGACGACGCCAAUCUUCCGUCUCUCCUGUCGCUGCCCGUGUUCGGGUUCAUCAACGCGUCCGACCCUUUGUACCUGACCACGCGGCAGCAUAUCCUCUCGCCGGACACCAACCCGUAUUUCUUCCGCGGCCCGGCCGGCAGUGGGGUGGGUGGUCCGCACAACGGUGCCAACUACAUCUGGCCGCUGUCCAUCAUGGUGGAGGCGUGGACGGCGCAGGACGACGGCGAGGUGUUGGCGCGGCUCGAGCUCCUGGUCAACUCCAGCGCCUGCACGGGUCUGAUGCACGAGAGCUUCCACUCGGACUCCGUGUUCUCUUACACGCGCAGCUGGUUUGCCUGGGCCAACUCCUUUUUCGGCGAUCUGGUGCUGAAGAUAGCACGUGAACGUCCGCACCUGAUUCUAAAGUGA